CCGGCAACGUGGCCUUCCCCUCCUAUGGCUAUCCGGACGAGGAGCUACGCAGCAAACAAGGCGCAAGCUGAUUUUCUGGUCAUUGUUUAGCACAGCGUCGAAGCGAGAGUAUUCACGCUUUUUGCUAGACACCUAAUUCGUCACUAACGACAAGAUGUUUCUACUAGGAAUUUUCACAACACUACUAAUCUCUGCAUCAGCAGAGUUUUGCUACAAUGAUGUUGAGGCUGCAUGUAGUCCAAAAACAACUUUUACCGAUGAUCCAGUCCUACCAAAUUGUAAUGCAAGGUAUGGAGCCAUUGAAGGUUUGCAGACUGACCUCCAAUCUUAUGCCAAUGGCCAUAUCGAGACCAGCUUCGAGUUCUUAUUGAUGUCAACCCACUUUGGCAAUUACGAAGCAAAUCGUAUUGGGUUCAAGGAUCUCUACAGGAAAAUGUCUGACAAAGCUUGGGAAAAAGCUAUUGACAUCAUCAAGUACAUCACUAAGCGUGGUGGUAGGAUGAAUUUCAACCAAUUACCACACUUCAAGAAGACUGGCAAAGACACUCGUGUUCUCGAAUUGAAUGAACUUCACAGCCUGGCAAAGGCUUUGGACUCGCAGAAACAACUUGCUUCGGAGGCUCUUCGCCUGCAUACCGUCGCCAAGCAACACAACGACGCUGCAAUUGCUCACUACCUUGAAGAAGAAUUCAUGGAAUCACAAUCCGAAGCUGUGCGUACUUUAGCUGGGCACACAUCCGACCUCAAGAAUAUGCUCAAUCGCGACGCCGCUUUGGCAACAUACUUGUUCGACGAGUACCUUCAAAAGAUCUUGUAAUUUUUUUCUUUUUUGUAUAUUAAUAAUUAAUCAUCGUCAAACAACAGACGCUGUACAGAUGAACAAGAAUUUUAAUAUAAGGCAAAUGAUGCCGAUUAAAUAUGUAA